AUGGGUGCAAAUCCUGAUUUUUCAGCAGAUAAUGAUAUGUUUCCUUUACGUCUGGCUAUUCAGACUGGAUCAGUGGAAAUUAUUGAAUGUCUGAUUAAUAGUGGUGUAGAUGCAAAACGAACGUUUAAGGUAGUUGAACGAGAUAAAGGUCCAUAUAAGCAGAUCAAUGAUGCACUUAGAGUACGUCAUUAUGAAUGGAAAAUACUUAGCUAUGUUGCAUUUAUGUAUGCAUUCGCUAAGGGUGUGUCAAUGAGUUCAUUUGGUGAUACAGUAGAUAUGAUUGAAACCUAUGAUGCACUAUUAAGGAAUGGUUAUGACCUUCACAUUCAAGAAGAAUUAACUGAAUUAAUUCAUUUCAAAGCAAAUAUCAAUGCAAAAGAUUCCUUUCAUCGGACACCAUUGCAUAUUCUAGCAUCACACACGAAUAAUCACCGACAUCUUUAUCGAAUCUUAGUCAAAUUUGGUGCACAGAAAUAUUUGGUAGAUAGUGACGGACAUCUAGCUACGGUCAUAGCAUCAGCACAUGUUGCAAAUGAACAAGUAUCAUUAUGCAGCAUCGACAAACUGAGGAAUGAUGCUGAAGAUGCAUCUACAAGCAGAGAUGCUGUAUCUGUAAUCGAAUCUCUAUCAUAUUCGCGAGAUGCAUUUGGAAAGCCACAAUAA